AUGUCCUUUAACGCCAAUUGGCAAGACAAUCCCAGUACAGAUGAUGAGCGCCCCGCUAAAGCCCGUCGGAUUGCUCGAGCUUGUCUACAAUGUCGCGCGCGAAAACAGCGAUGCUUGCCAUCAUCCGAAGAAGCCAGUCUGCAAUUACCAUGCAAGCGAUGUCAAAGGCUAAGUAUCACUUGUUCGUUUGAAACAGAUAGAGCUCCAACAUUGGACGUGGCUCAAAGUCCAUCAAGUCUAGUACAACUCGUAAUUGAACUGCAAAACAGACUCAACCAACAUGAAACACGAAUUUUGGAGCUUGAAAGCCAAAAGCGUCAAUCGGACGUAAACAGAAAGGAACCGCCCAGAUAUGUCCAACCUGAGCGUCAGCAAGCUUUCUCACCGAGCCAAAGCGACAUAUAUCAUUCUCCUGAGUCGAGCAUUGACGGGAUUCAUUUGGGUCCUCCUAUUGCAACACUCCGAUCGUUAAGAGUCCUUGCGGAAGAACAAGUCCAUGAUUCGACUCCAAGAGCACUGAAAUACAAGAGCAUAUACAAUCCUAUACACCAGGGGCUUCUCUCAGUCGAGAAUGUCCAGCGAGCAAUCGAAAUAUUCUUCCAGCAUUGCCAUGUCUCAGCGCCUGUACUAGAUGAAACCAUUCGUUAUUCAUGGCAGGAAUAUCUUGAAAGAAGCCCAACGCUUAUCCUAGCAAUAUGUUCAGUUGGUACUCGGUUCUGGGAUGCAGGUGAUCAAAGGCAAGUAACCAGAACGGGUAGACCCAGAAGCCUAGCUAAUGCUCAUAACAGUGGCAAUUCUAUUGGUGCUCACUCUCGAUUCCACGACCUUACAAAAUUACUUGACAAAGCGGUUUCCAGGCUCCUACUCCGUCCCACUCCGGCAGAUGUUACACUAGACUCCAUCUGUGUACUUCUUCUGUAUGCCCAGUGGAUGCCCUGCAGCAGAGAAGAUGAAGAUGAAAAUCCCGACCGUCACAGUACCCACGACACACGCAAAGCCAAAAGUCGAUACAACGAAAUCAGCGCCUGGGCUGUCCUAGGGUUAGCAGAACGAUAUUCUGUCCUCCUGGGUCUCGAGCAAUCAGCCACAUCAUUUUUCAAGGACCCCAACAAGAGUCCAUCCGCAGAGGAUGCUAACAGACUACGAGUGUGGUACAACUUGCUUACAUGCAACUUUAAUCUCAUGCUAACAUCCGGUCUACCUGUAUCGAUUGAUCCUACUCCGUCGGUCCAAGUAGCGCGGAACUUUGUCUCGAGCGAGUUGAUGCAGUCCCCUGCUGACCUUCGAGUGAGGGGUCUUGUGGAGCUUGUCGGAAUUGUUCACCUUGCCAUGUCUAGUUGUGGGGAUAUAUCUGGCCGUCAAUUGCAACCGAGUUGCUUGGAAAGGUUGAAUAUUGAUUUGGAUGAUUGGGAGAGAUCUUGGUUUGCCCAUUUAGAGAAAACGGAUUCCCACUAUAACCAUUUGCCAUUCACCUCGGCCCGGUGGUAUCGACUCUCCCUAAACUGUGCAUCUCUCGCACCAAUACUUUCCUCGCCGCGUGUACACCGACCGCUGACAGAUUCAAUUCAACCACAUAUUCGACAAGCGCUGCCAGUUAGCUUGACCGCAGCAGCACAGAUUAUACUUUCACAAUCGAGCUACAAAGCUGAUAUAGUCUUCUCGCUGGAUUCGAAGAACCCGUCUAGCUUUCCCGACGGGGCAUACCAUGCAGAUCGUGGAUCCGUCAGUCGACUAUACUAUGCGGUGGACUCAACCUGGAUCUCGCAUACGUUUGCUAUCACGUUUCUAUCUCUUUGUUAUAUUCGAGGACUCAUUGAUGAAAAUCUACAAAUUCGCAGCCAAACUUCCAGUCAGGUGAAAGGGAAUGUAUUUACACGUCUCCCCUCAUCUUCCCCGUCAGUCCUCGCUCGACUCCUUCGUCUCGCACUAGAAAUUUUCGACAGCGUGUGUCCAGCAACGACAUUCCAUUUUGCGCAAGACUUCCAAUCCAUCGUUCACUAUGCAGUUUCUUUGGUACUAGUCUCCGAAAAAAACAUGAAAGAUAUCGAGAGAGAAGAGAUCGAUGAUAUGGCGAUUCAGUCUCUACUAGAUUUAAUGAAUAAUUCUGGUGUUGACUGGGCUGGAAAUCUUUUGGGGAAUCGUUGGACUUCCCGGAUUUGA